CAUAUCUCUUUAAGAAUUAUUCCUGACAAAGAAAUGGAGCAACUUCUCCAAGACGAAGAUUACAUGCAAAUAAAAUCCCAGACUUCAUUCAUCACCUCCACUUUCACCCUCCUUUUCAGUAUCAGCAGUUUCAUAUACACUCUUGAGGCAUUCCAAAGGUUAGGUGCGAACAAAAGCCAAAUUGACUAUGUAUUCGACAACUGGCAGACUCCUUUCAUCACAGAUAUCUUUAGUGUGCCAUCUGGGCAUUUAUGCCCAGAUGGCUACGAACAUCUUUUUGAAGCAGAGUGGCCUGGGUCAGUCACUGGGUGAUUUUGAAAGAGUGAAGGGGCGAAGAAAGAUAAGAUCACUGUAGGAGCAUGUAGCAUAAGCCUGCAUAGGAAAAAUUGUAAAACAAUAAAGCAAACAUCUCUAAGGCAGCUAAAUUGGAUACACAACUCAACUCUCUGAGGAAAAAGAAGUAAAUUGAACUUUUUGGAUCUUCAUAUUCCAGAUACUGAAGGGCAAUGUGAUACCGGGCUUAAAAGGUGAGGAUCCACUAAAAAGGAUGGCAUUUACACAACAUGUGUACCCCAAAAUUCUGAAUGUCCGAUUACAGAUAUUGUCAUUACAAAUAACUCAGCAAUAUCUUUUGAUAAAAAAAACUACGAAAAAAUCUCCCUGUCAGAUACUCAUAUGCUUUAUUACUCUAAAAAUAGCUCCCAUCUACCAGUUGUUGAAUUCAAGCUUACAGAGGGAUCUCCAUGUAUUGAUGCUGAGGAGCUAUAUCAUACAACUUCAAAAUUUAACAAAUUAUCAAAAAGUGAUAAAUCUGGAUGCAAUACUAUUCUUGGAGACAACAUUAUUUUUGAUGAGAGAUACAGAUUUGUCACAAGUGAAAGUAAUUACGAGAUGGUGCCACCACAAGCUCAUUGGGGGCUAGGCUGGGGGGAAGCAUCAACAAUGAACCUGUACCAGAAGUCAUACGUGAGAUGGAACUCUGAGUGCUAUAAUAGCGUACUUUCUCCAGAAGAAACGUUCGUUAAUAUAGAUAUCUUUGAGUCAGUCGCUGCUUGGCAAUCGGUCUUCAGCCAAAUCUCUCUGGUUGAUAUGGUAGUAACAUUUGUUUUUGGAGUUGUCAGUUUGAUAGAUAUGGUUAAAAGACUCUUCUUCAAUGGAAAAUCAGGAAAAUGGAUCAAAUGGUUUGAGAAUAUUAAUAAUGAAUGGACAAUGCUCAUUAAUUUCACCAAGAUUGUCUUUGCUUACUUUUGUGUGAGCUAUAUUGAUCUUUAUGAGAGUGAUAUUAUUGAGGUCAGUGUCAGUACUUGCUCUGAUAAGAUCACAAAUCAUAGCUUUGAAGUUCUUGGAAACUCUCUACUGGAUUCUAGAGAUGAUGAUAUAACUGUGUUGAAGAUAACAAUUUUAAUGCUUUCAUUUGAAGUCACAAACUACCUCCUUCCAAACCUACUACACCUCAGAAAGCACCAACAAAACCAGAAACUUAAGAAAGACUAGUCCUAAUUCUUCUUCCUUUCCUCUAAA